CACGUCUAACCCGCCUCGCUAGCGCCCCCUGCUCUCUCUCCUCCCCUGGCUUCCGGCUUCUUUCCGAAAAAUUCCUACCUCAUCUCACCCACGUAUUAAUUAUUAUUAUUAUUAUUAUUAUUUUUUUUUCCAUUUCCUCCCCAAUUUUUUUCAAAUCGAUCACAGGAGCAAAAUCCCCCGCUAAAAAAUCCCCUCCCUCUCUCCAGAUCUGAUGGCUUUUCACGUCGCUUGCCCCAUUACUUGUCGGAGGAUUUGCUACUGCGAGAUCGGAUUCCCUGCGGAGCUGCGGAGCGAGAGGGCGAGAGCGGGGUUCUUGGAGGAGGUGGAGGCGCUCGAGGAGUUCCUACGGGAUCCGUGGACGUUUAGGGCGGAUGGGGGCUCCGCCGUGGCCACCGUCCAGGUGCUGGUCCCCCGGGUGGUGCCACAGCCAGCCCCGCAGCCGGUGGUCAUGGAGGAUGGAGGAGGCGGCGGCCGAGAGGAGGCGAAGCGUGCGGCGAUGCAGCGGCAGGCCGUGGCCGCGUCGCUGGCGGCCGAGGAUUAUGUCCGGAGAUUGGAGACUGGGGGUGCUGUGGAGGCGCCAAGAGAGGCAGCUAGCCAUCUUCCUAGAGAAGAUCAAAACUUUUCCAAUAUCAAGGUUAUGUGCAGAAUAUGCUUUUCAGGAGAAAAUGAAGGCAGUGACAGAGCUAUGAAGAUGCUCUCAUGCAAAACCUGCAGCAAGAAAUACCACAGGAGCUGCUUGAAAAUCUGGGCUGAACAUAGAGAUCUUUUUCACUGGAGUUCAUGGUCUUGUCCCUCUUGCCGCAUUUGCGAGGUUUGCCGAAGAACUGGUGAUCCCAACAAGUUAAUGUUUUGUAGAAGGUGUGAUGCUGCUUACCAUUGCUAUUGUCAGCAGCCUCCACACAAGAAUGUUAGUCAUGGACCAUACUUGUGUCCAAAACAUACAAGGUGUCACAGCUGUGGAUCUACUGUCCCUGGAAAUGGUCUUAGCACGAGGUGGUUUUUAGGGUAUACGUGCUGCGAUUCUUGUGGAAGAUUGUUUGUUAAAGGAAACUAUUGUCCUGUUUGCUUAAAGGUUUAUAGAGAUUCCGAAACAACACCCAUGGUUUGCUGUGAUGUUUGUGAAAGAUGGGUACAUUGUGUGUGCGAUGGUAUUAGUGAUGAAAAAUAUCGGCAGUUCCAAGCAGAUCAGAACCUAUAUUACAAAUGUGCUGCAUGCCGUGGCGAUUGUUACCAGGUUAAGGAUAUAGAUGAUGCUGUUCGAGAACUUUGGAAGAGGAGAGAUGUAGCUGAUCACGAUCAAAUCGCAAGCUUGAGGGCUGCUGCUGGAUUACCAUCCCACGAAGAAAUAUUUUCUCUGUCUCCAUAUUCGUAUGAUGAACAAGCUGGUCCGAUCAUACUAAAAGAUGUUAGUGGGAGGACCCUAAAGUUCUCGGUUAAAGGUAUCAAUGAUAGACCAUCCAAGAAUUUUAAAGAACGUGGAGAGAACGUUUCCAAGAAUUCAGCAUUGAAUAAGAAUCAUGUAAAGAAGAAAGGAUAUCUAUUAAAUUUAGUUGCUAAACCAGAAGAAACGUAUCAAAAUUCUGAAAGGCAGCAUGAGGCAGUAUCAUUGGACAGUGCUUUCAGAGAGCAAAAAGUUGAUGUUAUGAAUCCAGUAGGAACUAAUGGGCCAGAAAUCUUGUCAUCUUCGACCAGAAGCACUGAUAAUGAUGGUAUCAAAUCCUGCGAUUAUCAAAUGGGUACUAACAACCACAGAUUUACCAAUGAAGUUGCAGUGAAUGAUGUUGCUACGUUACCCAAAGUAAAAAUCAAGGGUGGUAAAUUGCAAAGUUCUCAUUUCAAAGAAUGCGCCAUUAAAAACGUGACCAAAAGUGAGAGUGUGAGAGGUACCAAAUUAGUGAUACAUAUUGGUUCAAGAUAUAGAAAUGCAUCUGGCUCUCCAAGAUCUGAAACUUCCAGUUGCCAUCGAGAUGAAGAUCUCGCUGCCUCCAAUUGCAGUGAGGACACCAGCCAGCAGAGAACAAAGGAUAGUGAGAAUCAUAUACUUGAUGAUCAUGGUGGAACUGUCAGAUCUGAUGGUAAAAAAGGAGCUAAACUUGAUAAUUCAAGCCACAUAAGAAGUUCAAAGGAUGGAUUCAAAGAAAACAAUGUUAUAAAGCUUGGAAAAGUUUCUGAGAUGCACAGAAAAAGCAACAGUGACAUUGGUGAAGAUCGUGAACCAACUGUGGCAUGCAGAAACCCUCUUAUAGUAGGAAGAAGGAGCACAGAAGUAGGCCAGGCAGCAGAGAAUCUGGCGCUUAGAAAUGAUGUGGUUCUACAUGAGCAACCUUCAGAUACACCUGUUAAUUUCUCCAGUGUCCCCAAGCCAAUGCUGAAGCUGAAGUUCAAGAACCCAUAUUUUGAACAGCGGAGCUCUUGGGCCUCACAGGGAGAGGAAGAAAACUCUGUCAAAGGGCAGAGAUCAAAAAGAAAGAGACCAGCAGAAAAGAUUGGUGUUUUAGAAGAUGAGAACCAUGCACGGCUUUAUCAGGAAAAUCUAAUGGAUGAAGCUAUGGAUGCAAACUGGAUACUGCAGAAGCUAGGAAAGGAUGCUAUUGGAAAGAGAGUUGAAGUUCAUCAAUCCACGGAUAAUUCCUGGCAUCAAGGAAUCGUUUCAGAUAUCAACCAAGGGACGUCAACUUUGUCAGUCCGUUUAGAUGAUGGAAGAUCUAAAACAUUGGUGCUGGGAAAGCAAAGAGUUCGUUUUGUUUCUCAAAAGCAAAAAAGGACCAAAAAUUGAAUCCUUACCUCAUGAUUGGUGCAUUCUUGUGGGACAAAAUUCAACUUGCCAGGUCUGGGAAAAUUGGAGCUGUUCAUGUUUAAUUCUCUCUGGUGCAGCUGUUCAUGUAGGGGCUGAUCAGUCUUGAUUUAUUUGAAUAUUGAGAGACACCGGCUUAUGCUAAAAAGUGAAGUACCAGGCAAGCCCCAGUUGUUAGUCAUAUUAAUUGUAAUAUCUAUUCCAUUCAUUUUUCCGUGGUCAAUUCUGUCUCGUUCACCCAUCUCGUCAGGAUGCCUCUGGGCCUCUGCAAAGUAGCAACAUGUUGGACUUGGAGCACCAUCUCCUUGUGAUUUCUAGAAGGAGAAGUCCUUACCAUCUCGGCACUAAUUCUCCAGAGUUUAUUGUAAACACACAUAACCGGACUUAUGAGGAUGCAUUUUAUGAACAGCAGUUCCUGAUGUAAGCAGGGAGGGGAAUUGGGUCAUAACUUGAGAAGAGUGGUGCCGUGUAAUUCUAAUACAGUGGCUAUUUGAGUGACAGAAAUGAAUGGUGUACUUAUUUAUUGAGCUAGUUAAAGUGAUCUGAUUAUUUGUGAAUAAGUGUUGUUUAUAAUUUUAUAGAACUGGGGAACUUGAGGCA